ACUUUACCGUCUUUCACGUCAUUAAUUAAUGGAUUGUCGGCUACCUACAGACUAUAAAGAUAGAAGAAUACAGAUCCAGAACCACAAGAUUUUGAGUGAAGAUUUUUAAAAGUUGACUCAUUCAACCGCGUCUUCGUUUUAAGUGAUACAUUAAGCAGAGUCGAAACAGAUCCAAGUGCUGUCAAGAUGCCUUUGAUAGUAUCUAUACUUGAUUCAAUAUUGGCCGUAGUAAGGAACUUCCAUGGUGUAUUGUGGGAUGAUGGAAGAAACAAUAGAGGGUAUGAGACUGUUGAUAAGCGAUCUGAAAUGAACUCUGUGCAUUUUCAACCUCAAAACAAGCGCAGGAAAGUGCAGGUAUCCUUGCGCAUCAACUCUGGGUGUGUUGAUAAGAUAAGGGGUUGGUUAAAGGAUGAUGAGAUUACUGCCAUUGGAAUUUAUGGGAUGGGUGGGAUUGGGAAAACUACUCUCGCAAAGGAGCUCCAUACCCGACUUACAUCCUCUUCUGCUGAUAGACAUGCUAUUGCUUGGGUCUCUGUCGAAUUGGAUUUCACAGUGUACCAAUUGCAGCAGAAAAUUGCUGGUGCAUUUGGGCUUGAUCUUGAAGGUGAUAAGGAUGAGAAUAGAAGAGCAACCAUGUUAUAUGCCUUCCUGUCUCGCUGUGACAAGUGCACACUUUUCCUUGAUGAUUUGUGGGGAGAAUUCCGUAGAGAGGAUGUUGGCAUUCCCAAGAAAUGCAAGCUGAUUGUCACUUCUCGGCUAGUUGAUGUGUGUCGCAUGCUUCAUUGCCAAAAAGUCAUUAAAGUUGAGUCACUCUCAGAGGAAGAGACCUGGCAGCUGUUACACCAUAGCAUAGGUGGAUAUAGUGUUUUGGAUUCCAAACAGUUGUCCUAUGUUCGGAAGCUUGUGUAUAAGGAGUGUGCAGGUCUCCCUCUUGCUGUCACUGGAUUGGCCAACAGCAUGGAGAGGGUGGUUCAUGCUUCUCAGUGGAGCCAAGUCCUUGAGACUAUGGAUCCCUUUACUAUGGGACCAGCUCAGAUGGAGAAUGUGCUCAGUCAAUUGAAGUUGUCUUAUGAUAGAUUGUACAACAUCAAGUUGCAGCAUUGUUUCUUGUAUACUGCAUUAUACCCCAAAGGUUAUGCCAUCAAUAAAGAAGAGUUGAUACGUCUUUGGAUUGGAGAGAGGCUCAUAGAUGAUGUGCUGUCAUUGCAGGCACAGUACGACUUGGGCCAUUCCAUAAUAAACAAGCUUCUCAACUCAUGUUUGCUCGAAGCUUGUCAACAUAAAGGGAGCAUUAAGAUGCAUGGCCUUGUUAGGCGUAUGGCUCUUUCUGUUUCUAGAGAUCGCUUCAUGGUGAAAGCUGGCGUACCAUCAGGGUUGGAGUUCUGUGGAAAUUUCCAUGCUGUUUCCUUGAUUAAUUCGUCAAUUUCACUGAUCCCAUUGAGUACUUCCCUCAACUGUACCAAUCUCUCAACCUUACUUUUGCAACACAACCCCUUUGAGGUUAUCCCAGAAUCAUUUUUCUCAAACAUGCGUGGCCUUCGUGUUCUGAGUCUAUCUGAUACUUGCAUUAUUAGAUUGCCCAGUUCCUUCAGUGCCUUGCAAGAGCUUCAAGUUUUAGAUCUUAGUUGUUGUCAGAAAUUGCAACAAGUGCCCCUACUGUCAAAGCUUCAUAAAUUAGAGUUUUUGGACCUCUCUCGGACUGCAAUUGAGCAGUUUCCCAGCUCUCUUGAAAUGUUAAAAAGGCUUAAAGAGCUCAACCUAUCCUCUAUUCCAGAACCAAAUUAUUUACCCAAGGGAAUCUUGCCUGUCCUGUCCAGAUUGAAAAGACUAUCAUGCCAUGUUAAAGGCAUCAUUCAAGAGCUACAAAAUUUGACAUCAUUGGAAAUUCUUGAUGCCACUUUUGGCAAUCUUUUUGACUUGAGUAGUUAUGUAAGGUCUCUGCAUUGGAGCACUUUAGAAUGCUUUCAUCUACAAGUUGGUCGUCAGUUAAGCAUAAGACCAAAGAGAUCAUACAACAGAGCUGUAUCCCUGCAUGGCUGUACCCUGAGUGGUCGAGGGCAAGAACAAAUUGUUCUUCCAUAUGACAUUCAGGAAUUAUACCUUGAGAAUUGCAGUGGUUUUCAUAGCCUAUCUGAUAUUGUGAAUCCCAACCAUGCUUGCGGUUAUAUAAAACAAGCUGAAAUUUUUUCAAGCUUAGAAAUAUGUACCAUCAGUAGAUGCCAUGAUGUUGAGAAGCUUCUAUUUCCGGGUUGGAUGCCAAAUCUUGAAUGCCUUGUAUAUUUAGAAGUUGAAGAAUGUGCUCAGCUGAGCGAGCUAAUUGUAGAUGAUGUUGAGGAUUGCUGCUAUUAUGAAGGAAAACGUGCUGUCGUUAAAUUCCCUCAGUUAAAGCAGUUAGUUCUUACCUCGUUGCCUGAAUUGAAAAACAUCUAUAAGGGUCAAUUAGUUUGUUCAUCACUUGAGUCAUUAACAGUUAUGGACUGUCCAAAUCUGAAGCGCCUUCCAUUCUCCUGUACGGAUGAUUUUAAAGAAGUAGUUCCUGCUCUGGAAUGGAUUGAAGGACAACAGACAUGGUGGGAUCUGUUGAAAUUGGAUGAUAUAAAAUCUAAAGCUUUGCUUAAACCAUCCUUUAGAUGCCGAUCUUCCAUGGAUGUAUGAUCAACGAAAUGAACAUAUUUGAUUGAUGAUUGAGUUCUGUCAUCUCGAAGUUGCCCCAGGACCAAGCGCAGCAAGGUUUCAAAGUUUUUUCUCAUAUGGGAGAAAUACAAAAUUUCUGUCCAUUUCAGGGAAUACUAUAAGCCUUUUACACUGUGAACUGACCGCCUUUCUGGCCAAGACGUCUGCACUCAAAAUGGUUUGAUUCUCAUUCUUACUCUUUCUGCUCUUAGUAUAUGCUUUUCUGUCGUUUUUUUUUUCCUGAUGGUUUCUCUAUGUUGCAAGUUGCGUUUUUAUGGGGUGCAGUGGUUGCAUGCAUAUGUCAAGCAAUCACCAACAUUGUUAACUCCUCACUUGCCCUUGUUGGUCUCAACAAGGUUUGCUCUUUUGCGCAACUCUCUGGCUUGAUAGGGACAGUUCUUCAAUUUUAAGUUUAGAGUUUGCAAUGUGGUUUAAUUUUAUAUGUUCAUUUUUUUUGGUUAAGGUUUUGUCUUGUUUUUUUCUUAGUAUGGUUUUGUCCAGUGAUUUACUGCUCUUAGUAGCUAUAAUAGGUCAACUCCAAGUAAUUGAUGUAUAUGUAUUUUAUGUUCCACUUAAUUUGAUGAGUGAACUUAUUGCAGGAGAAAACAAGUGACCAGGAAGAAUGAGAACCUGCAACAUGGGAGAGCAACCGAGCAAAUACCUCUUAGCUGUGAACUUUGAUCUACUUGAAAAUAUACAAUAUGUAAUUUAUACUCCGUACUUCUUCUGUUCCUUAAAUAUUGCAACAUUUACCCUUUUAGGAAAUUUCGUAAUACUACAAUAUUAUACCCAUCUUAGGAAACAAGCAUUUCCUUUCACACUACAAUUACCCAAUGCUUGGCUCACAUGGAUAAGUUUGUAAAUAUGCCUUUAGCCUUUUUUUGUCUUCCUUUUACCCACCAACUACAAUAUUGUACACUCCUCCCAUGUUGCAAUAUUAAAGGAACAUACGAGUAGCAACUAGCAAGUAUGAUUUUGGUUUUGUAUUUCACAAUAUUAAAGGAACAUACGAGUAGCAACUAGCAAGUAUAAUUUUGGUUUUGUAUUUCACAUGAAUAUAAUAAAUUUAGGACGUAUGUAAAAUGUGAUCUACCCUUUAUCAAGUAAUGAAAAACUCUCAGCAAAAUACGUAGUAAA